AUGCUGGAUUUAAAGCAAAUGAAAUGGAUUUUUGCCAGUAUCGUCUUCACUAUCUGCCUUUUCACAGUGUUUUUAGUUCCCACUAUCAUGGAGGAUGCAGAUCAGUAUCUGAUACUAUAUGACUCCUUGAAAAACAAUAUCGCGUCUACAAUAUUUGGAGACCCUAUCACCAACACUGAUUCCUAUAUAAUUAACACCUAUUACUAUCCAAAAUCCAAGUCUUUUGGAGAAAAUGCAUUGGCAAUUGUAUUGCUAAUGAAUCGGAAUACUAUGAGAGAUAUCACGAAAUAUAAAAUGCAAUUGGUGGCGACAAACGAGGCAAGGGGUACAGUCACAGUUGAGCCAAAAUUACAAAUAGAAUCCUAUUCAAAUUGUGCAUAUAUCAAUGUUGUGGCAACUACCAAUACCUUACCUAAUUUGAAGAAAUUAGAAAUUUCUUCUGGCGCCACAAAAAUGGAGAUUCCAUUUCGUCAUGCUCGUAAAACAGCUCCGGAACCUGUAAUAAUAUGUCUUUCACCACAAUUUAUUUCUGAGCAAUGGCAAAUUUUCGUGGCUCAUGCUCACAUUGCAAAACAUUUCGGAGGACAUCUCCAUCUCUAUCUAACCAGUAUUUUAGAAAGUUAUUUUGAUUUGGUGAAAGAGUAUGAGAAGCAAGGAUACGUUACUAUCGAUUAUUGGAUGAGAAUGAAAUUCGAAAGCAAACUCAAUUCAACUCUGAAUUCCACGGAACCUAAUUCCAAUGUUGAAUGGAGGAAUCAAGCAGGAGCACACACAGAUUGCCUUCUACAGUACAAAGAGGCAGCCUCCUUUGUUACAUUUUUUGAUCUAGAUGACAUUCUCAUUCCACGUGGCUUCAACACCUACUUUGACGAAUUCUCAUCCUUCUUUUUCUUGAAUCCAAACAUUCUGACUCUACAGUACUCCAAACGAGAAAUGAUGCUACAUAACAAACCGAAAAUCUCCGACAUAAAUUUCCAUGAAAUUUUCGGGCACUCUUGGUUCGUGAAUCGAGAAGAUGCAGGAAAAAUUGUGGCAAGACCUUCAAGCUUAAAUUCAAUGUGGAUCCAUCGAUCAUUUAAUGUUCCUGACAAAAAACUGCUGCUUGUCAGAAAUAACUUUUUACUGCAUAUGCAAAAGCCGUUUGAUACGGAUGGUCAGGAUUCGGUGCCUUUUGGAAUGAGCAAUUAUGAAAUAAUGAAUGAUUUGAAGCUGAAUAGCUCUGUUUUGGAGCCGGUGCAAUUGGAUUUCGAAAGAUUCAUGAAGUCAAAAUCAAUCAAAAGCAUGUCUGAACGUCUGCCAGCUCAUUCUUAUUAUUUCCCUAUUCUUUUCCGUUGUUAUUUCCGGAAAGGAUACAUGGCUACUUGUCCUAACAGUGAGGGAUGUUUGAUUCCCCAGCGAUCUGAUCUUAAAUGUAUCCACUCCGACGCUACCUAUAAAUCAGGCCCACCAAUGGAACCCAUCACCUACCACUACCACAUAAAUCCUACAUGGUCAAAGGAGAUUGGUUGCUAUACUCAGAAACUGAUAUUUCUUUUGUUUUUAAUUACAAUAUAUAUCUUGGGUUGUUUUGUGAUUCCACCCCUAUUGGAAAACGGUGACCAAUAUCUAAUAAUUUUUGUCUCUUGGAAAAAGAAAAUAGCUGAAACCAUUUUUGGAGAUCCGAAAACCAAAACAGAUGCAUAUAUCAUUAACACAUAUUACUAUCCAAAAUCAAUGGUUUUACUAGUGAACCGCAACACUAUGAGAGAUAUCACAAAGUAUAAAGUAGAGUUGGUAGCUAAAAAUGGGACAGGAGAAUCUGUUGCAGUUGUGCCUAAAAUUUUGAAAGAAUCAUAUGCUAAUUGUGUCUACGUCAAUGUCGUUGCUCAUGCUACUGGAAUUCCAAAAAUGGAAAAGCUAAAAAUUGUGGAUAGUACAGCAAAACUAAAGACACCAUUUCGACUUUCCCGUACAUCAGCUCCCGCCCCAGUCUGUAUCUCUCCUCAAUUCGUGGCGGAACAGUGGCAAAUAUUCGUUGUUCAUGCUCUCAUUGCCCAUCAUUUCGGCGGUCAUCUCCAUCUUUAUGUCACAAGUAUGCUAGAAUCUUACUUCAAUUUAGUUAAGGAAUAUGAAAAAUUGGGAUACGUCACUGUUGAUUUCUGGAUGAGGUACAGAUUCCAAAACAGUAGUCUUGAUUCGCCAGAGCCAAAUUCAAAUGUAGAGUGGAGAAAUCAAGCAGGGGCAACCACGGAUUGUUUGCUGCAAUAUAAGGAAGUAGCGUCGUUUAUCACUUUUGUGGAUCUGGAUGACGUUCUGAUUCCACGUGGCUACAAUUCCUACUACGACGAAUUCUCAUCCCUCUAUUAUUUUUAUCCAGAUAUUCUCACUUUUCAAUACCCAAAACGAGAAAUUAUGCUACACAAUAAACACAAUUUCGAAAAUGUCGACCUGGUUGAGCAAUUUUGUCAUCCGUGGUUUGCAAAUACCGAAGAUACUGGAAAAACAGUAGCAAGGCCACCUGACUUGAAUUCCAUGUGGAUACACCGUUCGUUUUACGUUCCUGACAAAAACAUGCGUGUUGUAGAUCACAACUUUUUGAUUCAUAUGCAGAGACCAGUAGAUACCAAUGGACAGGACCCGAUUACUUACGAGAUGAAAUCGUUCUCAAUUCAUGAGCAUUUGAAAUUGAACGAGUCUGUGAUGGAACCAGUUCAGAGAGAAUUGAAAAAGUUGCUCAAUUCUAAGAGCUUUAGAAAAGUCACAUCCAAGCUUCCAACACAUUCUUACUACUUUCCAAUUAUGUUCCGAUGUUAUUUUGAAAAGUACUAUCGGUCUCUGGAUAACACCUGUCCCAACGGUGAAGGAUGUCUGAUCCCACAGCGAACCGACCUGCCGUGUGUGCACUCCAACGCCGACUAUAAAUCUGGUCCUGCAAUGAAUCCGAUCACUUUUCAUUAUCAUUCAAAUCCAAAGUGGUCAAAGGAUAGUGGUUGUUAUACUUGA